GCAAGCCGAGUGGGCUCACGCCGUGCCAGUGGCGCUUGUGCCGUGUCGAGCCGUGCGGAGCCGAACCGAGCGGAGCGGAGAGUAGCGCGUCCUGCAGGACCGGGGCCCAGCGGGGCCGGGCCCGCGGCAGAUUUCAGAGGGUAUUUGUGUCGCAUGGUGACCAGUUACAGUAAAGACCUAUACUUACCUGUGCUAAGAGCCUCCUGUCCUUAGAUCAUCCGAGUUCCCAUUUGCUGGGUCUUACAAUAUCCUUAUCCCUAUUACUUGGCAUUUUCCCGUCAGCAAGAGGAUACUUCAGCUGCUGCCCCCAUGAUGUGUGAAGCAGGGCUGAUCGCACCGGAGCCCUCUGGCCCCAUGCAGUGCUGUGGUGAGUCGUCUGACACCUACUACCAUGUGGACCGCUGGCAGAGGCUGCGCACGGCUGUUAGGAAGCUGGAGUUCUGGGAAAACUUCAACGCUGAGCUGAUAGGCAGUGGCUUCUUCUCCAAGGUCUACAAGGUGACCCAGGCUGCUGCUUCUAAAGUGAUGGUGGUGAAGAUCUACAAGAAUGAUGUGGAUCAAGAGGUGAUUGUACGUGAGAUAAGCCUGCUACAGAAGCUGUCCCACCCCAACAUCGUCAGGUACCUUGGGAUAUGCGUGAAGGAUGAAAAGCUGUACCCAAUUCUGGAGUAUGUAAAUGGGGGUUGCCUGGAGGAGCUCCUGGCCUGCAAAGACAUUGAUUUGACAUGGAAGGAAAAAGUGGACUUAGCUUCUGACAUCACCAGGGGCAUGAUCUACCUGCACUCCAAGAACAUCUACCACCGAGAUCUCAACUCCAAGAAUUGUCUCAUUCGAGUGACGCCGCGGGGCCAUGAGGCACUGGUGACUGACUUUGGGCUGGCCAGGGAGGUGGUGGAGCUGCCUGUGAAGGAUCCGGAGAGGAAACUUUCUCUGGUGGGCUCCGCUUUCUGGAUGGCUCCCGAGAUGCUGCGGGGAGAGCCCUAUGACCGGAAGGUGGAUGUGUUUUCCUUUGGCAUUGUCCUCUGUGAAAUCCUGGGCAGGAUCCCAGCUGACCCUGAAGUGCUUCCCAGGACUCAGGAUUACGGCUUGGAUGUUGCUGCCUUCCAGGGGAUGAUCAGUGAAUGUCCCAAGCAGGUGGUGGACCUUGCUGCUAGGUGCUGUUUGGUGGAAGCAUUUAAGAGACCAUCAUUCUCUGAAAUCCUGGAUGAGUUGGAGGAUGUCAUGGAGAGCCUGGAACCUAGGAGGGACAAUCUGUUUUUGGGCUGAGCUGCACACUUCCUGUGAGGCUUGGCAGAGAAUUGCCCAAACAGUAAAUUA